AUGAGCUGUGUAACUCGAUGAGAAUCGGUCGAUUCUACAGGGUGCUGGGCAUUCCUGCGCAUGUGCACCAGUGGCCCAACGUUACCUGGAGUGUAGAGGCAAAUAGCGUCCAACUGUGGGAGCCAGAGUGUGAUUGUCAUAAAGUCAGUGGCAGCUUCCAGGAGCUGUUGAAGGCCACUGCUUGUUCUCCCUGGAGGUUCUCUGCCAUUGUAGCUCACUGCUUCGGGUUGGACGUGGCUCCUCCAGGCUUGUACAACACACUGAAGCUGAGCUUGUUGCUCAGCUUGGUUCAAACUCGAAGAGAUGCAAAAGAAACAUUUUACAGCUUGGAUCUCCUAGUUGCCACCACUGACACUCUCAUACUGGACAGACUAAUGACGUACAGCUUGAGUUUGGCCUGUCGCGGUGUCAGGCAUCAAGCCUCAGGGGAGCUGUUUGCGUCCUUGUCCAGGGACGAACACGGAGCAGGCACUGCUAAUAUUCAUGCUGGUUCUGCCCUCUUAGCCACUGGGGGCAUUUGCAUGUUGGGAGAUCUUGGCUGUUACAAGAAGGACCGGUUGGAUUCCAUUCAGUCAGUUUUGGAGAGCCACACAGUGUCAGUAUUCAUCCCUGGAAAGAAGUACGGUGAAGAUGCUGACCAGCAGCUUUCCUUUCCAGUCCAGUGCAGCUUCUGGGCCCUCACAGACAUCUCCCGCCGCUCUGGGAGGACAGACUGUGCUGUACUGGGAACAGCAGAAAUGGGUUCCUUACCCCUCCAGCUGGCAGACGCCUUUGGCCUCGUCAUUCAGUGUAGGGACAGAGUGGGAGAGGAGGCCGUGCUUGCGCAGACCGUUCACACCCUCCAGCGGGCAGUACAGCCUGGAAAACCCCAGUACUCAUCCAGCUGGGAGUUUUCUUCUCAAGAAUACCAGGAGCUCAUAGCCCAUGCACAGAGUUUGCAAGUGGAGCUCAGCCCUGUAGCAGAGAAAAUAAUCCACGGUUACUACAUGGCAAGCCGUAGAGUCCGAACACAGAGUCAGAGUGUCAACAUGUCAGUGGCCUCGAUCAAACUACUGAUCUCCUUGGCUGAGGCUCACUGCAAGUUAUGUCUCAGAACUUGUGUACUGGAAGAAGACGCUGUGAUUGCUGUACUCCUUUGUGAAAACUCAGUCACUCUCAAACAUGGGGCCUCUGCUCUCAUUAUUCCACCCGACGCAGUGUUUCCUUGUGACCUGGGAGACGUGGAUGGUUUGCACAGGAGAGACGCAACGCUUGAUGAGCUCCACCAGAAUAUCUUGCGCUUCAUCUACACCUAUGCACCUGGAGCAGACACAUACAUUGCAGAGGAGUAAGACUUCUAUGGAGGUUCAAAAAUACAGGUAAACAGCACAAGAUGACACGACUGUUUCAUAUCGUAUUUAAAUGUCCUAUAAAAUCAAUACAACCAUACAAAUACAUAUUUAACUUGACUGAGUGAUAAUUGAGGGGGUUGCGCAAGAGUUAGCCAAAAUCUGAAUGCAGUAUGUGAGAGGAAUAUCUCAAACUUCUUGCAGACAAGUUUUAUUAAUGAUGCUUUGAACCAAAAUAAAAGAAAAACACUGAAAGAUAAUUCAGAUUCCUGAGAUUGGUCUAAGUAAAAGAAAA